CCUUAGUGCUUCUGUCCAGCGAGUAGCUGCGACUGCCCAGUCCAUGUAGGAGCCACUUCUUCCGAAGUCAGCGGGGCGCCGGCUUGCAGAGACGCCCCGGGGCGGUUGGGGGCGGGAGACCUCGUCGCGGCCUAGUUACUGGGCAGGUGCACGGAGCCCCGGGGAGUGCUUGAACAGCGGAAGUGCUCGAAGGCCUGGACGCCCUUACCCGCCUCCCCACCCCCCGUCCGCGCUCUGACAGCCCGUACCCUAGUUCUGCCAUGAUGUUUUCAGGCCUUGGAAGCUCCCCGUGUGAGCUCUGAUACAGCCCCACGGUGUGGAGAGAGAGCAGGCCUCCUCUCCAGCUCCUGCCCCUGCUUUUGUGUCCCGGACUCCGGAUCCCUCGACAGGCAUUGCUUAGCGCUCAGUCUAGGCACAGAGCCAUGGCCGUCUCUUCCUCCGGGGAACUGCCCUUGGUGGCUGUGUGCCAGCUAACAUCGACACCAGACAAGCAGCAGAACUUUAAAGCAUGUUCUGAGUUGGUUCGGGAAGCUGCCAGGCUGGGCGCUUGCCUGGCUUUCCUACCCGAGGCCUUUGACUUCAUAGCGCGGGACCCUGACGAGACGCUGCGCCUGUCUGAGCCUCUGGGUGGGAACCUUUUGGGAGAAUACACCCAGCUUGCCAGGGAAUGUGGACUUUGGCUGUCCUUGGGUGGUUUCCAUGAGCGUGGCCAAGACUGGGCGCAGACUCAGAAAAUCUACAAUUGUCAUGUGCUUCUGGACAAUAAGGGCUCCAUAGUGGCCACUUACAGGAAGACACAUCUGUGUGAUGUAGAGAUUCCAGGGCAGGAGCCAAUGUGUGAGAGCAGUUCUACCUUGCCAGGGCCCAGCCUGGAGCCACCUAUCAACACACCAGCAGGAAAGAUUGGUCUGGCUGUCUGCUACGAUAUGCGGUUCCCUGAACUCUCCCUAAAACUGGCUCAGGCUGGAGCAGAAAUACUCACCUAUCCAUCUGCUUUUGGAUUUGUUACAGGCCCAGCCCACUGGGAGGUGCUGCUACGGGCCCGGGCCAUCGAAACCCAAUGCUAUGUGGUGGCGGCAGCGCAGUGUGGACGCCACCAUGACAAGAGAGCCAGUUACGGCCACAGCAUGGUGGUGGACCCUUGGGGGACAGUGGUGGCCAGAUGCUCUGAGGGACCAGGCCUCUGCCUUGCCCAAAUUGACCUCCGUUACCUUCAACAGCUACGCCAGCACCUGCCAGUGUCCCAGCAUCGCAGGCCUGACCUCUAUGGAAAUCUGAGUCACCCACUGUCUUAGGACUUGUUCACUUGAGACCUCCAGGGUAGGCUGGUGUUGCUGUCUUCUGGGCAGGACCCAGGCAUGCUCUCCCCCAUCACUUGAGGAACUGAAUCUCUGAAUGGAACAUAUCCUCCACUUCUUGGAAAAGGAGAAACUUUCAGCUAAAAUCCCAUUCCCAUUCCAGAAAGGGGGUGUCUCUGCUGUGAGCUGAAAUUAGGCUGAGAACUGAGCAUAAUUGGCAUUGGAAAAAAAAAAUCAUGCAGAAUUUAAAGUCUGUCUGUCUGGGCAACUCCUUUGGGAGAUGAAAAGGGAGGUGGGAUUGCACCAGCUGGAGGCUCCGAUUCAAGGCCUUCUUCUCAGAACAAAAGUACACAGUCAAUGCAGGUCCCAUCCCACUCUCUGUUUCCAAGGGGCUUGGGGGGAAUAGGAGCAAGGGUAGGGGGCUGAAAUGAUAUCACUUUUACUGAUGAUACCCUUUGCCCAAGCCAGAAAAAAGCAAAGGGGAAA